CUUCCCCACUCCAAACAGCCGGUUCAAGAUGGCGACAUUGACGAAGCAGAAGCAGAAAGAUUCAAAAAGAUUUUUAGUAGCUGUUUUGGCCGUUUUACAACUUACAGUAGUUACAUGCACAUUACCAGAUACUGAUGAAGCUCCUGUGCCAAAAGAAUUAGAAACCAUCCAAACUAAUACCACUGCCCCACAAUCCGUAUCAAACAAUAACAGGAACAUUUCAGAAACCCAAAACUUGAUGAAAUCGAGCAAAGUGAAUAUUGCUCCUCUAACUACCAGCACUGCAACAGUGGACCCAACAACAGCACCCACCAAACCAACCAGUGCAGCUGAGAUGACUCCUGAAGAACCCAAACCUGUUGAAUUAAACCCAAAUGUGCCAAAGUCAGCUAACCUUCCUGAACACAAGCCACCUAUCAUCACUGACUUGGCUGAAGAUCAACGUCUUAAUCUCGAUUUUGAAUCCACCACUUCUCCUUUUGAGAUGGGCACAAACGAUAAUGUGGGCUAUGAUGAUGAUGAUGACGAUGAUGAUGAUGAUGAAGGUGAUAACUAUGGUACACUUGCAGAGAAUGAUCAGCAGGACGAAAGCCAGGCCUUUCAGGACGAUUCCAAUUAUAUCAAGGAUAUUGCUAAAGACCUGUCUGAGAGGCCUGGAAAAAUUGAUAUUCACAUGAAGGACACCACCAUCUAUGCCACUCAAGAUGAAGACUCGCAUUUCUUCUUUCACCUGGUGAUCAUUGCUUUGUUGGUGGCCAUAGUGUACAUCACCUACCACAAUAAAAGAAAGAUCAUGCUCCUGGCUCAGAGUCGACGCUGGAGGGAAGGCCUUUGCACCCGCAGCAUAGAAUACCACCGGCUUGACCAGAAUGUUGAUGAGGCAAUGCCUUCAUUGAAGAUGACCAACAAUUAUGUCUUUUAAACACCCACAUACCAGAAUUUAAAAAUUAUCAUUAUAAUCUUUAAUGAUAGAGCUGAGUUUAUUAAUUGUGAAUGCAAACUGCUGAUUUUUAUUUAAUGCACAUGAUUCUUUGUGUAUUUAAAGUUGAUCAAGAAACCUUGUUUAUUUAGUUUUCCUUAUCCUCAGUCUCUUGGUUUAAUUAUCUCAGUUUUCUUUACUGUUUUUCAGAUAUUUCAGGGACCUGCUAAUAUUUUUUCCCACGGCUUUGAAGGGGCUAGGUCACGUUAUUUAAGUAGUGUACUGCAUAUAAACUUAAUAUUGAAUGUAACCAGCACUAGAGCAUAUAUUUAAUUUUAGUUAAUUAACAUAGACCCAAAUGAAUUCCACCACCCUGGAAUUCCAAGGUCAAAUUUUAUAGUUAAUGGGAAGAUGACCAAUUUCCUGGUUGUAAUUUGCUGACUCACAGAUUUGCUUUAUAGUUUUCAUAUCACUUGCUUAUUUGCAUCAAUAAUUUCAGUGAUUUUUCAAUAUGUUAUGUUUGUUUUAAAGAAUACAAGAAAAGUAGAUUUAUUAUGCAGUCUUGGGGCUGGACCCUUUGUUAUUUUUUUGGUGACAUUAAAUGUAUUUACUAGUA